UGACAUGGGUAAAACUGUUAAAAACUACGGUCCUUACGUCGAACGUGAUGCGCAAUUUUUGUUUUCUCAAAUCGUCGCAGCCAUCGAGUACCUUCAUGACCUGGACAUAGCGCACAGAGACAUUAAGCCAGAAAACGUAUUACUGAACCAUCGAAAUGAAGUGAAAGUAGCUGAUUUUGGGUUGUCGGUUUUUUGUAAAGAUUCGACCAGCAAUAAACAACAAUUGUCUCGCUGUGGCACAAGGAUGUUUAUGCCACCGGAAGUAUUGACUCCAAACAACGGAUAUAAUGCCAAACUCUUCGAUAUAUGGUCAAUGGGAGGUGUGCUGCAUUACAUGUUGACCGGCCAGGUGCCGUUCGACGACGGCCGCACUAAACAGAUCGUCGCGCAACAGGUGUCGGGCGACAUUGUUCUCCUACGACCGAUGUACAAGCGAACGGUUUCCUCGUCGGCCAAACGGCUCGUAAGGCACAUGCUCGAACCAGACGUACUCAAACGGGCACGCAUCGAAGGUAUCAAACGAUCGAAGUGGAUGACACUGAUGGCUUAGUAGAGUUUGUUAUAACCGAACUCCACAUGGCGGAUAUUUUCAGAUUUUAAAACACUGCAGGAAGUAUAGUUGAUCAACAUACCUAUUCAAAACCUAUAACCUAUUUUUGUUUUCAAAACAAAUAAAGUUUUAAAAAGUUUAUAAUGCGUGUACGCGGG